AUGGAGGACCAGCAGCACCUGGCCAUGCGGCAGCAGCCCUUCGCCCAGAAGCGACAGGCGUGCAGUGGCUGGCUGGAGAACUACGAGGGCGCUGAGGGUGUGAGCCUGCCCCGCAGUGCUCUGUACUGCCACUACCUGCUGCACUGCCAGCACCGAGCGCUGCCCCCGGUCAAUGCUGCCUCCUUUGGGAAACUCAUCCGAUCAGUGUUCCCUGGGGCUGCGAACACGGAGACUGGGAACCAGGGACACUACCUGCUGCACUGCCAGCACCGAGCGCUGCCCCCGGUCAAUGCUGCCUCCUUUGGCAAACUCAUCCGAUCAGUGUUCCCUGGGCUGCGAACACGGAGACUGGGAACCAGGGGGAACUCCAAGUACCACUAUUAUGGGCUGCGCAUCAAGGCCGGGUCCCCCCUGCUGCGGCUCAUGGAGGACCAGCAGCACCUGGCCAUGCGGCAGCAGCCCUUCGCCCAGAAGCAACGGCUGAAGCCCAUCCAGAAGGUGGAAGGGGUCACCAACGGUGCCACGGUGGCUGCAGCCCCCCCCGGCCUCACCGACAUCAGCAGCCAGGUCCAGCAGUACCAGCAGUUCCUGGAUGCCUCUCGGGCUCUGGCCGAGUUCCCAGACCUGGAUCUGAUGGAGAAACCUCUUCCUGAUGGAGCCGGAACCGACGACCUGAAGGUUUUCCAGCUGCUCUAUCGGGAACACUGUGAGGCCAUGGUGGACGUGCUCAUCAACCUCCAGUUCACACUGGUGGAGACCCUCUGGAAAACCUUCUGGCGCUGCAGCCUCAGCCCCCCCAGUGAUGGAGCCGGAGCCGUGCACGAGGAGGCCGAGAAGCGUCUGCCCCAGGCCAGGCUGGUGGCUCUGUGCAAGUGGGAACCUGCUCUGCGCUGGGUGCGGGACUGUGACCAUGCAGUGUACCAGGGGCUGGUGGAGAUCCUGAUCCCCGACGUGCUGCGGCCCAUCCCCAGUGCCUUGACCCAAGCGAUCCGGAACUUCGCCAAGAGCCUGGAGUCCUGGCUCACCAGCGCCAUGAUGAACAUCCCCGAGGAGAUGGUGCGCGUGAAGGUGGCAGCCGCCAGCGCCUUCGCGCAGACCCUGCGGCGCUACACGUCCCUCAACCACCUGGCGCAGGCAGCUCGAGCUGUGCUGCAGAACACGGCUCAGAUCAACCAGAUGCUCAGCGACCUCAACCGCGUCGACUUCGCCAACGUCCAGGAACAGGCAUCGUGGGUCUGCCGCUGCGAGGACCGUGUGGUUCAGCGCCUGGAGCAGGACUUCAAGGCCACCCUACAGCAGCAGAACUCACUGGAGCAAUGGGCAGCCUGGUUGGAUGCAGUUGUGGGGCGCGUGCUCAAGCCCCACGCUGGCACCCCACACUUCCCGCGCGCCGCCAAGCUCUUCCUGCUCAAGUGGUCCUUCUAUAGCUCCAUGGUGAUCCGGGACCUGACCCUGCGCAGCGCCGCCAGCUUCGGCUCCUUCCACCUCAUCCGCCUGCUCUAUGAUGAGUACAUGUACUACCUGGUGGAGCACCGCGUGGCACAGGCCCGAGGCCAGAGCCCCAUUGCUGUCAUGGGCGAGUUUGCCAACCUGAGCUCCCUGAACUCACUGGACCCAGAUAAAGACGAGGAGGAGGAGGACGAGGACGAGAGCGAGGAGGAGGCGGAGCUUGGGCUGGGGGAGGGGCACGCGCUGACCCCUGACCCCCUGGAGCCCCCCCCCAAGCUCCCCCGCUUCGUGCAGGCCCUGCCCUCCAGCUGA